AUGAACGGCCACACAAAUGGGAACGGGUCACUGAAUGGCGCCAAGAAGAUGAACGGCGUCAACGGCCACGGCGUCGCCGUCACCCCCAGGAGGUCGGCAACACCGCCCACCAAGGCACGCCCAAACCUCUUCGCCCGCGUCUUCAGCAUCGCCGCGCGCCUGUCCAUAUGGUACUCCAUCUUGACCGUCCUGUUCCGCUGCCCGGCCACCCCCGACGCCUGCGACGACACGACGCCCAAGAUCUGCAAGCCCUACUUCCAGGCCAAGCAGGCGAUAUCCCCCCAUCUGACGCCCUACUACGACAGCUACGCCGCGCCCUACGUUGACCUGGCCAAGCCCUACUACGACACGGUCGACCGCGUCGUCAUCACCCCGAGCCGCACCUACGCCGUCAAGUACGGCGGUCCCCAGCUGGACAAGGCACAGGCGCUCACCUUGGCGCAAUGGGAGAAGAAUGUACAGCCCCAGCUGGUCAAGUACCAAGCUCUGGCCAGGGCGCAGUACGACCAGACGGUGGCGCCCCACGUCGACAAGGCCUCGGCCGCCCUUGCGCCCUACUACGAUAUCGCGAGGACCAACGCGCUCCAGACCUACCACGAGGUUGUCCUGCCCUCGUACCGCUUUGUCCAGCCGUAUGCCCUCCAGGGAUACAACGUGGCGUCCUCGUUCACGACCGACACAGCAGUUCCUUCCACCCUGUGGGCUUGGAACAAGACCUACGUCUUCUUGGACUCGACUGUGUGGCCUCAACUAAGAGAUGCCUAUGCUGUCAAGGUAGAGCCCCAACUCUUGCGCAUCGUCGAUCGCUUGGGCCGCUACCGGGAGAUCAAGCCCAAGUCGUCCGUGGUAGAAGAAGCCGAGACUGCUGCUACGCAAGCCACCAAGUCGGCAUUCACGAAGCCCGUCGUUUCCACGUCCUCGACCACCGCCCCAGCCGAGACAACCCCAGAACCUGAGCCCACCACCGAGGCUCAGUCUACAGCGUCACAAUCACCGGAAGCAACAGCCGAGGCCAGCGCUGCCGAGACCCCGGCCAAACUCACCAAAGAUGAAAUCAAGGAGAAGGCCGCCAAAGAGGUUGCUGCAGACCUAGAGCUGUGGCAGGGCAAGUUCACCAAGGCCGCCGACGAAGGAGCAGCCGAAAUCGAGGAACGCAUUGAGGAGCUCGCUGCCCGCAUGGUUGAGGAAGAGGCUUACGGCACCGGUAAGCAACUCGUGUCCAAGCUAGAUGAGACCGCCAAGUCGGAGUUGGCCAACUUGAAGACGACGGUGCUGUCCAUCUUGGAGGAGCACAAGGGGCAGGGCCAGCCGGAGGGUUGUGACGAGGAUGUUGCCGCUGCCGUGCGGGCCGCAGGCUUGAAGAUUAAGGACAAGGCCCAGGAGAUCCGCAGCUGGCGCGAGAGCUACGAGCAGCAGGUCGAGAAGGCUGUAACCGCCGCCGCUCAGGAUCACAUAUGGAUCCUCGAGGGCAUUCGCGACUUGGCACUCCAGAAGAUUGGCAUGAAGUGGGCGUGGAUGGAUGGCGUGACGUACAAGCAUUGGCAGAAGUUCCACAAGCUUCGAGAGACCUUUGACGAGUGGACAGAGGACCUAAAGCGGCUGGUCACCACGCACCCAGGCCUGGCCGAGGCCCAAUCUGCCGGUAAUGAGAUCGAGGGCGAAGGCAUGGCCAUCGCUGGAACAGCUGCCCAGGAGCUCGCCAGUCUGAAGCAGGUCGCAGCUUGGAAGGCGAUCGCCGGUGAUUACACCGAGGACUUUGAUGCCAGCACCAUGCAGCUCGCAGCCGAGGCGGCCGAGAAGAAGGCGGCCGAGGCCGCUGAGGCCCUAAAGAGUGCCGCUCAGAACCUCAAAGAAGGUAUACACACCGCCGCCGACCAAGUUGAAGAACAAGUCGAGUCGUUCGGCAGCUCAAUCAGCGAGGGAGUCUCCAAUGCCGUGUCACCCAGCAGCGCAUCUACCUUGACCGUCGAGUCUGGAGAGACCGAGACGGUAGUCGUAUCCCUCGCCGAAGCCGCUGCCGAGGAGGACUUUGGCACGUCUGCUGUUCCGCCUCUGCAGAGCAUGUCAACUGAGCCCACUCACAGUGCUACGGAUCUGGAUCCCCAUGCUACGAAUGCCGCCGACCCUGUUGAGCCUUUGCCUGUGUCGGAUCCCAUCGACGGCCCUGAACAGGUCGAAGAGACCAUCAUUGCCUCCCCCGACGAGGGCUCGCCGCCACCCGAUUCAUCGACGACUAGUACUUCGUCUAUUAAAUCGGCCCUAUUUGGUGCCGCAGCUGCGUCUGCACCUUCCAGACAGCCAAUCAUGGAUGAGGAUGUAGGGUCUUCCAUCUCAAGCAUCGCCUCGAAGGUACAGUCUGAUGUCCCCCACAGCAUCACGUCUGCCGCCCAGUCUGCAUACACGGCUGCCAUUGCACAAGCAGCGAAUCAGUAUUCGCGUGCCAUGUCUGCUGUGUCGGUUCAGAUCAGUGGCGAACCAAAGCCUGUCCAUGAGGAGAUGUUCAGCUCUGCAUCCAGUGCCUAUUUCGGUGCUCUGUCCGGUGCCAAUUCUCGCCUCAACGAUGCCUUGACAGCCGCAUCGAAAGGCGUCUAUGGCACUCCCACGACCGGAUGGGCCCCCGAGAUGCCCACCAUCCCCUCUGUCGACUGGGAGCACGUUCAGUCCAUUGCUCAGCAGAACCUACAGGACUCUGUCAACUGGGCUGGAGAGCAGUACGAGAGCGCCAAAGUGGCCAUCGGGCUUGCCGAGCCUACACCCAGCACUGCGGCCGAACGUGUUGACAAGCUGCUAGACCAGGCGAAGCAUAACUACUAUGCUGGACUCGGCGUGGCUCAUGCUCGGUACUCGGAAUUCCUGUCAGCCGCCUCAACUGCCGUCAGCUCUCUGACCGCAUCUCCCACACCGACCGAUGCUCAGGGGUCGGCAAGUUCGGUCGUGUCGGUUGCGAGCGCAUCCGCGUGGUCUGCCGCCUCUGCGGGUAGCGAGGCUGCUGCAUCUGUGGCCUCGUCCGUUGGCGAUGCGGCUGCAAUUGCUGGAGACUCGAUUGCUGAGACAUGGGAACUCCUUGUCGGACAGGUCAGCUCGCAGGUCUAUGGCGCUCCCACCCCUACCCCCUGGUACGAAAACCUGUACUCUGCCGCUGGCGACUACGCAUCCCACGCUAGCGAGUAUGCUGCGUCUGCCACUGGCGCUGCCGCUGACUAUGUAUCGUCCGCCGGAGACUUUGCCACCGACUAUGCAUCAUCCGCCGCCGGCUCCGUGGGCUCGGUCACCUCGGCGGCUGGGGACUACGCUGAGUCCGCCUCGUCGGCUGCCGCAGCCCAGUAUUCCGUUGUCAUCUCGCUCGUCUCGGAGCUCAUUGUCGGGAAGGAGCCCACGUUCAGUGAGUCCGUCUACUCACGCCUAGCCUUGGCUUAUGGUGCUGUGAGUGCGACGGCAGUCAGCGCCGCCAGCGAAGUCACGGCAUCUGCAGCAUCGGCUGCCAGUGCUGCGUCCGAUACGAUUUCGUCGGCAACCGAAAAAGUGAAGGAGCAGGCUCAGAGCAUCAAAGACGAAUUGUAA